GCUCGGUGGCUUGUAGGGGUCAACUGAGGGAUUGCGCGGCCGAAAGUCAAGAUUCGUAAAGCCACAUUCCCAACCUUCAACAAUCAUAAUACCUAAUAUCAGAACACACCCUUCGCAGCGCACGUCGCCAUCAUCCACCAGUGCCAUAGAGCAUCGCAUUUUGACAUCAACCCACCCGAGUGGAGCGUUCAAUUCAUUGUUUCGUCCGAGCGAUGCAUCGCUGCUAGUCUGCGCAUCCCUCGUCUCAUUGUGAUCUCGUGCAGCUGCCCUUCGCGAUAUCAUCCGGCACGCGCCUCUCUAAAACCUGAACGAUGACGAGGAUAUUCCGGCGGUCGCUAUGGCUGCUAUUUCUCACCAUAGCGAGCUCACUCAUCAGCCUGACUGGAGCACAAGAAGAAUCACGAGCCAGUGCGAAAUCCGCUGCAGAUUACUACAUACACUCUCUUCCCGGCGCUCCUGAGCCAUUACUUCGCAUGUACUCUGGCCACAUCGAGAUCUCGGCCGAGCACCAUGGCAACAUGUUCUUCUGGUUAUUCAGGAACAGGCACAUUGCUGAUCGGCAGCGGACGGUCGUGUGGUUCAAUGGCGGACCUGGAUGUAGUAGCUUGGACGGCGCAAUCAUGGAGGCGGGUCCAUAUAGAGUAAAUGCGGACGGCACACUUCGACUUGUAGACGGUAGCUGGGAUGAAUUCGCAAAUAUUGUCUUCGUGGAUCAACCAGUCGGGACGGGCUUCAGCUAUGUGGACACGGAUUCAUACGUCCACGAGCUGGAUCAAAUGUCCAGCCAGGUGGUCACAUUCCUGAAGAAGUUCUUCGACAUCUUUCCCGAACUCGCUCACGACGAUCUCUACCUAGCAGGCGAAUCGUUCGCUGGCCAAUACAUUCCCUAUAUCGCCUCCGCUAUCUUAGACCACAACCAACAGACUCGUGGUGACCAAUGGAAUCUUUCUGGUCUACUCAUCGGCAACGGCUGGAUCUCUGGGCCGGAUCAAUACCUUGCGACCAUACCCUUUGCUUAUGAUGCAGGCCUGAUCACCUCCGGAUCGGAAGCUGAAAGAGUGGCGCUGGCUCAGCAGGAAAUAUGCAUCAAAAACUUAAAUGAUGACAAGAGCGACUCGGUCGACAUGAGGUCGUGCGAAGCCAUUAUGCAAGAUAUUUUGCGACUAGCACAACGCAAUGGCAAAUGCGUGAACAUGUAUGAUGUCCGGCUUGACGAUUCAUACCCCUCCUGCGGUAUGAAUUGGCCUCCAGAUUUGGCCCAUGUAACGCCUUAUUUGCGUCGAGAAGAUGUCACAAGGGCAUUGCAUAUUAACCCGGAUAAGAAGACCGGAUGGAACGAGUGCAACUCUCAAGUUUCUGCAGCAUUCACCAACCGCCACUCGAAGGCGAGUAAGGUCCUGCUUCCCAAGCUGCUUGAACACAUGCCAAUCAUCCUGUUCUCGGGAGACCAAGAUUUCAUCUGUAAUCACCGUGGAACGGAGAAUAUUAUCAACAACAUGCAAUGGAAUGGCGGCAAGGGCAUGGAACUUUCCUCGGGCAUGACGGCACCGAAACAGGACUGGACCUUUGAAGGCGAGCCCGCAGGACAAUAUCAAACAGCGCGCAAUUUGACGUACAUCAAAUUUUACAAUGCAUCCCACAUGGUUCCAUUCGACUUUCCUCGACGCACACGAGACAUGCUGGAUCGAUUCAUGGGUGUCGACAUUGCCAGCAUCGGAGGCACGCCCACUGACAGUCGCAUCGAUGGUGAAAAGGGCGUCGAGGUCAGCGUGGGUGGUCACACGAACAGCACAAUUGCCAAAGAAGAAGAGAGCCUGAAAAUCCAGGCUGCCAAGUGGGCGGCAUAUCGCCGUUCUGGGGAAGUCGCUCUUGUCUUUGUCAUCGUCGGUGCGCUUGCAUUCGGAUUCUUCGUGUGGCGCGACCGCCGGCGACGACUCGGAUACGCUGGAGUGCUUGGAACCGAUCCAUACGAUCGACGGUCGUCCAUAGGCGGUGGUCUCGGCCUGAACACUACCCGUCCCAAUGGCAAGAGGCGUCAGACAGACCAGGACGUUGAAGCUGCCCGAGAUUUUGACGAGGCAGAGUUAGAUGACAUGGAGCCACGUGCUCGCAGGGAGGAUCUUUCCAGCGAGGGCCAACAUUUUGGCCUUGAUGAUGAUGAGGAUUCGGAUCAGGAUAUUGCCGGCCAUGGUGCGGCCAGGAAUGGGAGGUUGUAAACUAAAUCUUAUUCCGAAAUUUGACACUUGGUAAGUGUUAUGCAGCGGAUUUUCUGAAGAUCUGUCUGGAGAUUGGGUGUUCUGCAGAACUUGAACUUUGGCGAAUUGCAAACUGUAGUAUUUGGUCGGUUAUGGCAAGCAUUUCAUUUGACAGUCGCAGGGAGUCCGUCGCCAGCUAUAAGCAUGUUUAAGUGGCCGCGACUCCGUAC